AGUGACAUUUUCGUAGCUGCCAAUCGGCUUGAAAAAAAGGAGAAGCAUUUUCGCUUUUCGUCCAAAGUUUGUGCGUGCGUGCAUUUAAUACCCACAAUCAAUAGGGCAGUGGAACGUGACACCGUACACAGCGAGUAAAAGAUUAUAGCAAAGCAGUGCCGAAACCAUCCGGAAAGCGGAUCACAACGCAGCAGCGCUCACAGGACACGCGACGUUCGGGUUUUAGCAGACCCCUUUUUCAGACGGCGAAAGAGAAGAGCACCACCAGGAGGAAUAAAACAUGGCUGCCAGUGCGAGCGGUGAUAAAGCUGCGGAUGAUUCACUGUAUCCGAUUGCGGUGUUGAUUGAUGAGUUGAAAAAUGAGGAUAUUCAGCUGCGCCUGAACUCGAUCAAGAAACUAUCGACAAUUGCACUUGCCUUGGGCGAGGAACGCACCCGCAACGAGCUGAUCCCGUUCCUGACCGAGUCCAUCUACGACGAGGAUGAGGUGCUGCUCGCGUUGGCCGAACAGCUCGGCAACUUUAUCCCGCUGGUUGGCGGUCCGGAAUAUGCGAUGUAUUUGAUCCCACCGCUCGAAUCGCUGGCCACGGUCGAGGAGACGGUGGUGCGCGAGAAGGCGGUCGAUUCGCUGCGUACCGUCGCCGGUCAGCACAGUGCGCAGGAUCUCGAGGUUCACCUUGUGCCGACGCUGCAGCGUCUGGUGUCGGGCGACUGGUUCACAUCCCGCACGUCCGCCUGCGGACUGUUUUCCGUGUGCUAUCCGCGCGUAUCGGCCGCGGUCAAGUCGGAAUUGCGCAUCAACUUCCGCACGCUGUGCCAGGACGAAACGCCCAUGGUGCGCCGUGCUGCGGCCGGAAAGCUGGGCGAGUUUGCCAAAGUGGUCGAGCUGGAGUAUCUGAAGUCGGAUCUGAUUCCCACCUUCGUACAGAUGGCACAGGACGAGCAGGAUUCCGUCCGGCUGUUGGCGGUGGAGGCGUGCGUUAGCAUUGCCCAACUGCUUCCCCAGGACGAGGUCGAACUGAAUGUCAUGCCAACGCUGCGCCAGUGCGUCAACGAUAACUCAUGGCGCGUCCGGUACAUGGUGUCGGAAAAGCUGACCGAUCUGCAGAAAGCCGUCGGGCAGGAGAUCACCAAGAACGAUCUCGUGUCCGCCUUCCAGUUUCUGCUGAAGGACAGCGAGGCCGAAGUGCGUGCCUCCGCCUCGGCCAAGGUGACCGAGUUCUGCGCGAACCUGGACAAAGCCUGCCAGGAACAGAUCAUCAUGACGUCGAUUUUGCCGUGCGUGAAGGAGCUGGUGGCCGACUCGAACCAGCACGUCAAGUCGGCGCUCGCCUCCGUCAUCAUGGGGUUGAGCCCGAUCGUGGGCCGCAACAAUACGAUCGAGCACCUGCUGCCGCUGUUCCUCAUCCAGCUGAAGGACGAAUGGCCCGAGGUGCGGCUAAACAUCAUCUCGACGCUGGACUGCAUCAACGACGUGAUCGGCAUCCAGCAGCUUUCCCAGUCGCUGCUGCCGGCCAUCGUCGAGCUGGCGGAGGACAGCAAAUGGCGCGUCCGGUUGGCCAUCAUCGAGUACAUGCCACUGCUGGCCGGCCAGCUCGGGCAGGAGUUCUUCAAUCAGAAGCUGCGCGAUCUGUGCUUCAACUGGCUGAACGAUCACGUGUACGCGAUCCGCGAGGCGGCCACGCUGAACAUGAAGAAAAUUGUGCAAACCUUCGGCACCCAGUGGGCAGAAACGAACAUUAUCAAUCAAAUUUUGGUUAUGUGCAAAAAUAGCAACUAUUUGCACCGAAUGACCUGCCUGUUCUGCAUUAAUGCGUUGGCCGACGUUUGCGGCGCGGACAUCAUCGAGCGGCUGUUCCUGCCGACCAUCAAAGUAUUAUCGACCGAUCCCGUUGCGAAUGUGCGGUUCAACGUGGCGAAAACCCUGCAGAAGCUGUUGCCAUUCCUCGACCAGGCCACCAUCGACGAGCACGUGAAGCCGAUCCUGGAGAAGCUUAACACCGACACCGACGUGGACGUGCAAUACUUUGCCUCGGAAGCGAUGGUGAGCAGUGCCGCAGCCUAAAUAAAGCGUGAACCACAGGGAGGACAGCAAGGCAACAAACAAACAGUUGUAAAACAUCAACCGGAUCAACAUCUUCGCUGUGUUGCUGUUGUAAGAGAAUGGUGUAUCGGUUUGAUCGAGGUGAACCUUUAUGUCACCGUUUUCCUAGAGCGAACCUUAAACUAGACACUUCGUUUCCCAUCUUUUCCCUCUUGUAAAGUGGUCACAGGGCCACAGCAGCGGCACACAACACAUAAUAGACACGUUCAAUUUGCGCGAACGUAACGCCGGACGAGUAGUGAGCGAAUGCUGACGAACUCUAGUUAGCGCCACACAGAUUUGCAGCCAUCUUUAUUUUGGUAAAAGAUUAACUACUUAACAGAAGAAUAAGGAGUAACAGGGGGGUUAUAAAUGUGCCGGGGGAGGAAAAUGUAACCGAGCAAACGUUACUGAGGAGGAGGCGCGCAGUGUUGUUGUUGUUUGUUGUGGCAUUUUCUUGCUGCGCUUACCGCGUUUGCCGUGUACCACCUACUAGCCCUAUGCAUUAAAUCCUUCGGGGUACCAUGGGAUUUUCUAUUGGGUGGUAAGGUGAGGGGGCAAACAUUGUUGCACAAUGAUUGGGUUGCCACAUUUCCACUAGCCAACCAACCGCAAGGUAGAGAACGGGAGGGUACACGGGAAAAUUGUAAUUCACAACACACAAACACAGAUGAGGGGUUAAAAACACGCAAGCUAACUACUACUGUACACACAAUAGACACACGUUUACACAUACAAACACAUUCUCGUUUUUUUUUAUUCAUAAAAUUUUCAUAUUUCAUCGCAGGAAAAUGUGUUUUUCCUUACUAUUCUUUUAAUGUCCUUUUCGUACGGUCUAUAGCCCCAACUGCUGGAGCUCGGCUUGUUGCGUAUCGAGAAACGCGCAACAAACAACUUUAAAGAUCAAAUUGAACUCUUAUCUAACAGUGAAACAUUUGCGCCUGCCAUUUUACUGCAGUGCAUAUGUAAAGUUCUUAAAAAUGUGAGUGUUUUUUUGUAUUUGAUUGCUUUAAAAAAUAUUGAUUUUGUAAUGCAUUAAGAAAAAAAAAUUGAAAGAGAGAGAGAGUGCCUAGCACCCCCCUUCUCAUGUGUAAAGUGUGGCGGUUUUCAGCUAGCACACAAUUCUAUCUGACGAUCUGCGAUGAGAAUGUGGAACGGCGGUGGGCAGUAGACACUCGUUUCUUUCAACACACACGAACCUUUCUUUUUAAUGUCUAAUAAUUUCUGCCGUAAUUCUACACGCCCUUAGUUUAUUCUAUACAUAAACGCUAAAUAUAAACACAUUAUUAUAUUAAUGGAAGGAAAGCCGCGCGUAUCGGAAAGCCGGUAUCGUUUAUGGGUUCCGUAACCGUAAAGAAAAGCGGAAAAGCGUUAAUUACAUAUAUGACACACGGAAGGUAGGCGCCGUCGUCGGAGGAGGAGGAAUGAAAAAUAGUAAUAAAAUCGCAAAACCAAACAAAAAG